AUGGCUUUAAAACUUGAUAUGGAGCAAGCGUAUGAUAGUAUGGGAUGGGCAUCUCUUCGGCACAUCUUGAUUUGGUAUGGUUUUCCUACUGAUUUUUCUAACCUUCUCAUGGAAUGGAUUGUAGAUGUGAGACUCUCUAUUAUCAUCAAUGGGAGGAAUUCUAAGUGGAUUAAUGCUAUGAGUGGAUUCUGUCAAGGUUGUCUACUCUCACCGUAUAUUUUCAUAUUGUGCUCUCAACUCUUGUCCAACUCGCUUGUGCAAAGGGGACAGAAGCUUGGCAUAAAAAUUUCUCCUAGAGGACCUAUGAUAACACACCUCAUUUAUGCAGACGAUGUGUUAGUAUUUUCACAUGCAUCCGUGGAUCUAGCUAAUGCUUUGAAGACUAUUGUGGAGGUCUUUUGUAAGUGGACUGGAAAAAGAAUAAAUGUAAGCAAAUCUCAGAUGAUAUUUGGCAAGGUGGUUAGUUACUCCAUGAAGAAGAGAAUAACUAAGGUUCUUGGCUUCAAAGUUAUUAAAGAGAUAAAGUAUUUGGGAGUGAAGAUGUCUCUUAAUAGACUUAAAAUGGCUGAUUUUCAAGAAACUAUGAGUAAUGUUAUGGAUAAACUCAAUUCUUGGAGUAAGAAGUCCCUAUCAUUGGGAGGUAAGAUGAUUCUCAUUGAUAGUUCUUUGCUUUCUAUGCCUAAUUUCUUAAUUACUGAUUCUAUAGUCCCCAAGAGGGUUUUACAUGUGUUGGAGAAAAUUUGUAGAAGUUUUAUUUGGCAUAAAAAUGAUGGGACCAAUGGUAAGCACUAUGUUGCUUGGGGUGAUAUUUGUAAACCAAGAAGUUGGGGAGGGUUGGGUUUGCAUUCUCCCCUCCUUAGAGUUGGGUCUUUAAGAUCCAAGUUGGCUUGGAAAUUUAUCCAGAAACUGCAAUCUUUGUUCCAUCAUGCAAUGAUAGCUAGAUAUGGUAGUGAUGUGAUGAAUGGAACCCGAAGGAAGAUUACUUCCAUAGCUUGGCAAAAUCUGGUGGAUGGUGGCAAAUAUUUGAAAAUGGCUAUUCGUUGGAGAGUGGGCAAGGGUGACAAGAUUAAUAUUUUAAAUGAUACAUGGCUGCUUGAUAGAUGUAUCAGUCCUUGGCCAACAUAUGUUGAUUGUGAUUUUCUGGAUGGAAUGUACCUACAGCAGCUUUUGCUUAGCAAUGGUGAGUGGAAUUGUACCAAGCUGCAAAGGGCCUUCCAUCCUAAUAUAGUAUUCUUGAUUAGCCAAAUUCAUAUUGAGUUUAAGGAGGAGGAUCAGCUGGAAUUAAUGAAGAUGUGCUCGGGAAAGACAGUUUCAGCAUUGGUGUAUGAGCAAGUGCUGUCCAACAAGUAUACCUUAGAGGAUGCUAAUUACUUCAGCUGGUUGCAGAAAUUAAAACUUAAGAAAAAGGUGGAGAUCUUCUGGUGGAGGUUGGGAAAAUCAAGGAUUCCUACCAAUCGUUUUUUGAAGAAACGCAGGAUUUCAGAUAAUGAUCUUUGUCCUAGAGGAUGCCAAAAUCAAAAUGCUUUCAAGCACGGUAAGACAACUUUUCCAUGCUCUAUGGUUGCUUCUAAUGCUUUGUUCUCAGCCAUUUCAAAAUCUGGUCCAUAUCUUACUAGCUGUGGUACUCAUCUCCUUAGGGAGUCUCAAAGAACUUGGUGCCCCCCACCGAAAGAUUGGAUUAAGAUCAAUGUAGAUGCCUCUUUGCUUAGUUCCAAUUUGGCUGGUGUUGGUGGUGUUUUUAGAGAUCACAAAGGCAGGUUUAUAAGAGCAUUUGGUAAGAAUGGAGCUCAUUGGGAUAUUGCUCGAUUAGAGCUAGAAGCAGUUUUCUCGGUGAAGGAGUUUUUGAGAAGCUGGAUGUUGGAAUGUAAACGGCUGAUCAUUGAGAGUGAUAAUACCAAUGUUAUCAAUUUCAUUCAAGAUUCUCUAAAGAAGAAUAAGUGGCAAGUUAAUAGAUGGUUGGCAAAUGAUUUCAAUAAAGUUGUUUUCCUCCAUGCUUAUAGAAGUUGUAAUAAAGUAGCUAAUUGUUGUGCUAAUAUGGCAUUGGAGAGUAGUUUCUUUAUUGAUAGUUUUUCUUUUGAGAACAUUCCUUCCUUGUUGUUAAAUUUAAUCAUGGAGGAAUGUGAUCCAUUUAUUACCUGA